UCCUCACCUCCUUCACCAGGCCGUGCUGCAGUCAGUCAGUCAGCUCGUCUCAACCAGCUUCAGUUAGUUAGUUUCAGCUUUCUGCUCUUUACUUCACAAAUCAACGUUUAACCUUCUGAACUUUCACUGCAGGUCUUCACGAAGCUUUGCCCGACGGAGUCCAGUGUUUCAUUUACGGAGACGCCGCGGGCGUUUCUCCUCCCAUCAUGUCUCACAACUACCCGUACAGACCACCGCCAUCCGACUCCGAUCUCAGACCUGAUCCCGGACCGUACGGCUCUUCUUCCAACCGCCGUCACACCUCAUCGGACCACGACUUUUACAGGCCGCCUCAGGAGUCCUUCUCCUCGUCGCACCCUCCCUCCUCCUCCUCCUCUUCGUCCUCGUCCUCCUUCUCCAGAGCAGCUCAGUUGUCGCACGAUGGCGCUCUCAACAUCCUGAGCAGCUGCGGUCUGGAGCCCGGCGACCUGGCCCUGCUGGCCGAGCUGCCCGAACACGUCCUCACCAUCGAGUCGCUGCCUCAGGUCCUCAAACAGAUCAAAGGGAAGAGGGGGACCGUCAAACCUUUCUCUCCCAGUGCUCCUUCUCCUUCCUCCUCCUCCUCUUCCUCUUAUCCCCCCAGCUCCUCCCGCCGACCCGCCGCCAACCCCGAUCAUCCCCGCAGCAAGCCGCUCCAGGUUCCACCCGGUCCUCUUUCCUCUGAGCUGGACCGCUGGGGGAAUCCCAGGACCUGCAGUGCGGUCAGAACAGGCCCGCCAUCAUCCUCAUCAUCAUCAUCCAGCUACGUGGUGGACUACAACUACAGACCAGGACCCUCUCAGUAUGGUAAGACAGGCAGAGACGCCAGUCCAGUUUCCUCUCAGGACUACGACCACAGACCAGGACCCUCUGAUUAUGGUACUGCUGGUCCAGUUUCCUCUCAGGACUACGACCACAGACCAGGACCCUCUGAUUAUGGUACUACUGGUCCAGCUUCCUCUCAAGACUACAACUACAGACCAGGACCCCCUGAUUAUAGCAAAGCUGGUCCAGUUUCCUCUCAUGACUACAACCACAGACCAGGAAGACCGUCUGAUUAUGGCAAGACCAGCAGAGACGCCAGUCCAAUGUCCUCUCAGGACUACAACCAUAAACCAGCACCUUCUAAUUAUGGCAAGACGGGCAGAGAUGCCGGUCCAGUGUCCUCUCAGGACUACAACUAUGGACCAGGACCCUCUAAGUAUGGUAAGGCAGGUAGAGACGCCGGUCCAGUGUCCUCUCAGGACCGACCCUCUUUCACCUCGGCAGGAAGAGACAGAAGAACCCGUCCUUCCCGUUUCUCUCAGCCGGACCCAGUUGAUCACAGGUCAGCUCCUCCUCCUCCUGAAGAACGCCGUGUGUCUGAGACCUCUUCCAUCAGGAGGGCCACCGCCGCCGUCGCACCGUCGCCGUCGCCACCCUUGAUGCCCUCCAAGAAAGAAGCUCUGGACUUCGACGGGACGUCUCCGCCGGCGUUCCCGUACUCAUGCUCGCUGUGUGAUAUCACUGUGAUGUCAGAGAAGGUGUGGAUCAAACAUAUAAACGGGCCUCACCAUGCCGACGGACAGCUCAGCCUGCUGCAGAAGUUUCCUAACUGGGACUGUCGCAUGGAGACAAUCAGCAGGCCCGACAACCAACCAGAGAAGAGGACGGAUGAAGGAAAACCUGCCCAGCAGCCCCUCACACAGCCCAAUAAAAAACCUCAGAAGAAGAGCGACAAAGGUAAAGUGGUGUGUGUGAAGUUUCCGGCUCAGUCUGUGGACGAGGCGUACCUGAAAAAACUGAUCGAACCUUUUGGAAAGAUCGUCAAGAUCCUCAUGUUUCCGUCUUUAGCGUUUGUGGAGCUGGGCUCCGUCGACCAGGCCAAGGACUUGGUGAAGUUCCACGCAAACUAUCCUCCAACUGUGAAUGGAGAGACGAUGGAGUUCAGGAUGUCCAACACCUUCAACUUCCUCCAGAGCUCUCGGGUGGUCAGUUUCUCUCCCGCUCCAGCAGGAGAGGACAGCCAAUCAGAUCUCAUCAGCAUCAUCAAACGCUUCGGCUCGCCGCUCUACACCCUGUUCCUGCCGUCUAAGGUGUUUGUGGAGAUGAAGGAUACUCCGGAUGCUCAGAAGCUGGUGGAUUAUUAUUCCUCCAGAACUCUGAGGAUCAACAACGACUCCAUCAAAGUCUCCUUCUCUGGAGAAUACAAGAGCCUCAUGCGGGUGGCUUCAGCUAAGAGGUACGAAGAGGAAACGGGUUCCACCAAGAGGGAGAGGGGUUCUAGCCCCGAGAACGAAGACCAGACGGCCGAGACCAAGAGGAAGAGGAGCAGCAAAGACCGGGAGGAAGAAAUAAAGGAGGAGGAGACAACCAGAACCAGAUCCAGAGAAAAAUCUAGAGAAAAGUCCAGCAGAGAAGGGAGGUCCAGGUCUAGGUCCAGGUCUAAGUCCAGAUCCAGAGAUAAAUCCAGCAGAGACAGGACGACCAGAACCAGAUCUAGAUCCAGGGAAAAAUCUGCUCAAGAGAAAAGCACCAGAACUAAGUCCAGGUCCAGAGAGAAAUCUAUAGAAAGGUCCAGCAAAGAGGGGAGGUCCGGGUCCAGAGAGAAAUCUAUAGAAAAGUCCAGCAAAGAGGGGAAGUCCGGGUCCAGAGAGAAAUCCAGCAGAGAGAAGACGACCAGAACCAGGUCUAAAUCCAGAGAAAAGUCCACUAAAGAGAAAAGAUCCCGAUCCAGAGAGAACUCCAGAGAAAAGUCCAGCAGAGAGACGAAGUCCAGGUCUAAAUCCAGGUCCAGGUCUAAAUCCAGCAGCAGGUCCUCCGAGCAGAACCGGUCCAGAGAAACGUUGAUGGUACCAGUGAAAACGGAGACAAACUCUGAGUCCAGGACGGAUCCUGAUCUUGAUCCAGCUCCUGUCAAACCUGAAGCUGAAGUCAAAGUAGAGUCUGAGGAGGAAGCAGAGUCGUCUGCAGAGGAGAGCGACAUCGAGGGGAUGGAGGUGAUCGGAGAGGACGGAGAGAGUCUGGAGGACGAAGAUAUGAAAACUUUGGAUGAUGCUGAUGUAGACGAAGAUGGAGAAGACAGGAUGGAGAAAGAGAGAACAGACUCACCUGAAGAAGAUAAAGAGGAGGAGGAGAAAGAACCGGAGAGACCUAUCAAGAGGGAGGAAGAGGAGCAGGAGAGACCUAUCAAGAGGGAGGAGGAAGCAGAGGAGGAGGAGGAGGAGGAACCAGAUUUCCCGUUUGACCUGGAGAACUGCAUCACUCUGGAUGAAGUAGAGGAAGACCCAUCUGAUGACCAAGAUGCUGAAGAAGUCCAAGAUGAACCCGAAUCUUCUCCGUCCAGAGUGGUUUUCCUCAGUAACCUCCCGAUGUGUCACCUCAGCAACGCCGACUUCCUCAAGCUGGUGAAAGAUUACGGGACGGCGGUGACCUUCUACCGGGUCAGAGGACGCAUGGGUUUCAUCGAGAUGUCGACUUCUUCUGAGGCUCUGAGAGCCGUUAAAGAGCUGAACAGUAAAUCCAUCAUCAUGCACGGCUCCAGACUUUACGCCAACAUCUCCAACAGAUACAAGACACUCGACAGCGGGUGGUCAGUUCAGUCGGCCGAGGAGGAGGAGGAGAAGAAGGAGAGCAGGAGGAGCGAGAGACAAAACAGGGACGAGUCCAAGGGGAGCAAGGAGUCCUCGAAGAAGACUCAAAAGAAAGACUCGUCUAAAAAGACUCCAGAAAAGGAAUCAGUUGCCAAAAACAGGUCAGAAAAGAGCUGCAGAACAACACCAGAGAAAGAGUCUUUGUCCAAAACGAGUCCAGAAAACAAGACGUUAAAAAGAAAAGGGACUCAUGAGAAUGACUCGGUGCCUGAAAAGAAAGAAAAGGAGAACGAGUCGACGAGUGACGAGACUCAAAGAAAACAGGAGCUGGAGGACGAAGAAAAGUUGGUGAUGCACGAGAAGGAGGGAUCAGCUGAGAAGACACCAGAGACGAACAAAUGUAAAGACAAAAAAACUUCAGAGACAGACAAGCGUGAAGACAAAAAUACUCAGGAGACUGAUGAGUGUGAAGACAAAAAUAGUCAAGAGAUGGACGAGUGUCAAAACAAAAAGACGCCAGAGACGGACAAGUGUGAAGAAAAGAAGACGCCAGAGACGGACGAGCGUGAAGACAAAAAUACUCAAGAGACUGACGAGUGUGAAGAGAAAAAUACUCAAGAGAUGGACGAGUGUCAAAACAAAAAGACGCAAAAGAUGGACGAGUGUGAAGAAAAAAAGACGCCAGAGACGGACGAGCGAGAAGACAAAAAGACGGCAGAGCGUGAGGACAAAAAGACACCAAAGACGAACGAGUGUAAAAAACAAAAUACGCCAGAGAUGGACGAGUGUAGAGACAAAAAGACACGAGAGACGGACGAGCGUGAAGACAAAAAGACGCCAGAGACGAACGAGCGUGAAGACAAAAAGACGCAAGAGCCGGACGAGCGUGAAGACAAAAAGACGCCAGAGACGAACGAGUGUAAAGACAACAAGACUCGGGAGACGGACGAGUGUGAAGACAAAAAGACGCCAGAGACGGACGAGCUUACAGACAAAAAGUCAUCUGAACCAGGACUGAAGAGUCCGGAUCAACCUGACUCUACUGGAGAUCCACCAAAACCACAAAGUGAACAGAAAGCUGCUGCGGAGCUGCAGAAACCCUCCAAACCUGUUGGAGCCGAGUUUGUUCGUCCAGUCGUUGGUUAUUUCUGUAACUUGUGUCAGGUGAUCUACGCUGACGAAGACGAAGCUAAACUUCAGCACUGCAGCAGCCUAGCGCACUACAGGAAGUACCAGGAGAAAACGGGAAAAGAUCCGUGGACGAGCUGAACGUCUGAAAAACACAACCUCAUAGAAAAACAGUGACUGAACACACAAACAUCUCGAUUCAUGUAUUAAUCACUUAGUUGAAACUUGAUGGUGAACUUCUAAAUCAGUUCAAACUUUUCAUAAUUUAGGCCAAAGAACUUUGAAUUUCAGAUUUAGAGAUUCAGCAUUUUGCUCGAGAACACCAUGUUUUAUAACCUGUUGUGGAAACAUCUGGAACGAGUUAUUUCUGUUAAAAUCAGCUAAAGGAAAAUAAACACUAAAGAUGCUACUUUGUAAUUUAAGGUUUUUUGUUAAUGUUUUUGAGCCUUAAAUAUUUUUUAUUUUAUUUUUAAGGACUGUAAAAUGACUAAUAAAAAAGUUUGAGUUAUUUGUAGUUAUUGUCCUUUUCCAAUUGAAUUUGUUGCCAAUCAAAUGUAUAAUAUGUACAUUUUCCUCAUUAAAAUGUAUAACGACCAGA